AGUUACUACUCUACUUAGCUACUCAGAGUCAGACGUGCUGUUUUGGUGGAUCAUUUUAAUAAGAGAAUGGUCUGAACGUGUUUGAGGCAGCAGGAACUAAAUGCUGAGAGAAGAUGAGUGACGUGAAAGUGGAGGAGAGCAUCAUGUCGUACUUAUCACAGACUGAGACUGGCGCCGGCCCCAAAGACUUAAACGUGGUGGCCAUUCUUCAUAACUUCUGGGAGCAGAAGCAGCUGAAUGGUUCCUCCAGUGACUCGGAUGGUUUUGGUGGGAAGGGAGCUGGCCAGACAGAGAGCCUGCUGUUGUACGAAUCUGCACCUUCUCCUGGUCCUCCAUACGUCUGCUAUGUCACGCUUCCUGGAGGAAGCUGUUUUGGUAACUAUAAGGUGUGUGAAACUCAAGCAGAAGCUCGGAGGGACGCGGCUCGCGUGGCUCUGAUGAACUCACUUGUGAAUGAGUUGCCAUGUCGACGCAUUGACCCUGAGUUCAUCGCUCAUAGUUUGCGUCAGGCGGCCAGAGACAGUGCUGUUUCUGUAGAAGAUGCAUGUGAUUCGGGUACCAGUAUAGGAACCUACAGUUUGCUGCUUCACUCCUACAUCGGAAGGAGCAUGCUGGAUUUCCAGGAGAUGAUGACAAUUUUCCAGCUGUUGCACUGGAACGGGACUCUGAAAGCUCUGAGGGAAAGGCAGUGCUCUCGACAGAGUGUGAUUAGAUAUUACUCUCAGCGAGGACUCGAUGAGUACGUGCGCAGCAAUAUGGCUCUGGAUUGGCUCGGACGGGAGCAGAGAUCACCGGGUCUCAUCGGAGCGGAGCUGCAGGUGGCACAGAGGGAGCUGGUGUUGGCCCGGCGUCGAGGCAUAGAGCUGCGCUUCUACAAGGAAAAGACAGAGAUCCUUAGCUUGGCUCUCAGCCAAGCAUACAUUCACCACACACCUGAGGUCUUCAGCCAUUCGCCGAGUCACAAAUACAAGCAAGAGCACCUGCCUUUAGACACAUUUUACAGCCAGGACACAGAAGCCCAGAGAGCCCCACCCUUAAGCCAUUUGCCACCGGUCCAUAAAAACACACAGCAAACAGUCUGUGAAGCCUCUGGACUCUCUGAUAGUCCUUCAUCAUGCUCAGAGCAAACAUUUGAGCCUUUAGAUGACUUUGAAUAAACUGAAUCACAAAGUAGAGGAUGGGCGAAACAUAUUGCCAUUUAACUCUAUACAUCCUAAAGACCCACUAGGAUUAACCAUGAAGCUCUUUUCUGAAGUGUUUUCUGUCAUAUUUGACACAUGAGAAGUUAGUGAGGGUAUUCUUUGCCUAUGCAGCUACCUUUGGAAAAAAUCUGCUACAUCUACAUUUGCUACACAGAAGGCAACUAAUAAAUAGGAUGUUUUUUGUCAGCAUGACUAAGAGUUUAAAAAGAGGUUUUACAAAAUUGAGUCGAGGUGUUAUUAUGAUGCCCAGCCAUUAUUAACAUACAGUUUAGUUUGUGACUAUAAAAGUAUGGCUC